GCGACUCGCUUACAGUCUCUCCGAUGCUUCACAACCGGCCGGCAAAUGGAAAGCAAAGUUUCUGAAUAUCAGAAGAUUUUCCAGGCAAACAAUGAGUUGCCGGUGCACCUGAAAAGGGGAACCUCCGAUAUGGUGAUGUAUCGUGCCACCAUGGCUAUCGCAACCUUUGCCACUUGCUAUGCCCUCUAUCACAUCUAUCACCUUGGAAGAAUCAAGAAGCAUUGAGAAGGCAGCCGGGAAUGCAAGGCCAGACCCUGCUGGGACCCCCCCCCCCCCCCCCCACCCCCCCCCCCCCCCCCGCCCCACUCCACCCCUGCUCCUGUUUAGAAAACUCCGGAAGCAGAGAAGAGGAAAACGUAGUUUGGGGAGCUUGCAAGACCAAACCAGCAAGGAACCGUGUGGGGUUUGGCUUGUUUCUUUUUCCAAAGUGUACUCGAUCCCUACAGCGACACGAAUAAAACAAACGCAACAAAGAC